AUGCAUAUAGUACGAAUUGAUAGGUUUACUGUGGAAUUUCCAUUCGAACCAUAUCAGUGUCAAAUUAAAUUUAUGGAAAAAAUUAUGGAAGCUUUGCAGAUGGGACAAAAUGCAGCAUUAGAAUCGCCAACUGGAACCGGCAAAACACUAUGUUUAUUGUGCACUGCCAUUGCAUACUUGAAACAUUGCAAAUUAGAAAUAUUGCAGGACAGUGCACAAGAAAUACAAGGUUGUUGUUCCAGAUUGACUUAUUUACUGAAACAAUUAACAUUUGUUUCUUAA